AGUUGUGUUCAAAAAUGGCUACAUCACUAAAUCAUUCAGUCAAUAUGUCGGAAGUGAUUUUGGAUUUGGACAAAGUCACCAAUAUUGGUCAUCCUUGUUGGGAAUUGUUGCAACCAAAUCCAGAUAUUCACGAAAUGUUCGAUGAAUAUAAUAAUUUGUUCUUCGGUGGUAUUUUGAAUUUUCGCGUUGUUCUCGAUUGGCACUCAUUGCCGGGCAACGCUGCCACAAAUGCUGGUGCAACCAAACCACCGGAAAAUGUUCGAAACGGUAGAAUGUCGAUCAGCCUAAAUAAGAAUUUACUCGUUGUGCGAUCGCGUCGAGAAACUAUCGAAAUACUGCUUCAUGAGAUGAUUCAUGCAUAUUUGAUACACAUAAAGAAAGAAGACAGGCCCCCAAAUCACCAUGGCCCCAAUUUCCAAGCAAAAAUGAAUGCCAUCCGAGCACAAACGGGAUUAAAUAUAACGAUCAAUCACGACUUUACCGAGACGACUGUGGAUAAGUAUUACAAGUGGCGAUGUCUUGGGAAUUGCCGAAACAUGGCGCCAUACUUUGGUUUUAUUUGGGUGAAAGGAAAGACACGAGAACCAUCACAGAGAGAUCUGAUGUGGAUUAACCGCGAACAAUGUGAUCAUCAAUUUGAACGGUAUGGCGACAACCCGAAAGAAUACUUGACACAUUGGGAUUGCAUCAUCAUAUUCAACAAAUUUGUGUCGGAAAACAAAAUUCGCAUAAAAACGAAGAAAGUGCGUUUGGAAGACAAUAAUGAUAAUGUCUACAUGGACGACACGUUUGUAAUGGACAUCAACACAGCCGGUGAAGAUCCAAUCGCAAAUAAAUACUACGUGAACUUUGACCGUGAAACAAAGCAAUUCAUUAAUGUUGAUAAUUACUUGAAAGUCGAUACAGAUAAUAGUUUGCAUGAUGACAGUCGCACGGUGUGCAUGAUUUGUUUGUGUAAAAUUGCCGAUGAAGCUGUCAUCCAGCACUUGGAACAAUGCACCGCUUUUAACGUCCAGUUGGCAAGCGAAUUAACCAUCGCGCAGAUACAAACCUUUCAUUUAAAUUCAUUCUAUUGUAGAUUUAAACCGUCGCUUGAGCAAUCAUUCCAGUGCUUAGUCAGGUCAUGCAUUCAAUUGCUUCUAUGAAAAAAUGCCAUGUUAUUUUUAGUUCUAUUUUAUACUAGAUGCAGCUACAAAUGCGUUGAAUUGGCCGCUUCCUACAGCGAAUUGUAUUUAUUACUCCUUUUAUUUCAUUAUUGUUAUCAUAU